GCUAGAUAUUGAUCCAGCUCAGCAGGCUUAAUCUCCCGGUAGAGUUACUGUAUUACGAACAGAGCAUUUUACGAACAUUUUGAUGUGUACGCAUAGCGACUAGCUAAAAUUUCAAUGGAGCUGUGGACAUAAUUAGCCCGCUGGGAUUUGGGAAAAUACUUCUUCACAAUGAUUUUAGAGGCAUACGAUUGCAAAUUGCUUUCUCUUGAUUGAGAAUGGGUAGGAUGAAAAGCGUCGAUCCCAGCGGGUAAUCCCCAGGGGGCGCUAGAUUUUCCUGAAUAUUCAAUAUUCAUGUUCCGACACUCUAGGGACCCCGUGCUGAGUUUGUAUCGCAAAGUAGGAUACAAUAACGUGGAAUAACGAACGCCCAGCAGACGAAAGUAUGAAGAAGCAGACGACUUUAUAAACGCAUAGCGCGCGGGUCGAUUCCCGCGCUAGCUUCAAAAGUUUAUCGUCUGCUACUGCGAGUGUCACCAGCACACCUGGAGAUUACUAAUAAAUUAAAUGACAUUAUUCUGACUUUCUAUUUUCACUGUGGAUAUUAUACGUUUAUAUUUUGCUACGCAGGAAAAAUGUCACGAAGAAAACAAGCACGACCAAGACUUAUAAAACGUGAGGACGACGAGGAAGAAACAGAUAUACCCGACGAAGAAACAUGUCCUAAACAAAAGAAAAUGAAGCUACUCAGUGAUGAUACUCGUACUAAUGAAAACCUUAUUUCAAAGGAAAUGGAGGACACAGUAUUAAAGACCGAGAUAUUCCGAUGUGAGUCGUGUGGCGCCAAAUUUGAAAAUCUCGCCUGCUUUAUGGACCACAAAAAUGCGCAAUGCGAAAAUGGUCAGACGACGAGUAACAAAGGCGAUGGUAGCAGGUCCGGUACACCGUUAUCCCAUGUAUCUGGAGGUUCGAGCAUAGAGUCGGCGGAAUCUCCACUUCCGGAUCUAGAUCCAGAACAAGUACCGUGUCACAUCGGUGUUGAUGACCAGCAUCCGGUACCAUGUCGAUACUGUGAAAAAGCUUUUGCGAAGAAAUCACUGUUGGAAAAACAUGAACAGGUUCACACAGACGUGCUACCAUAUAGCUGCACCGUGUGCUCGCGAGUGUUUAGAAACAAGAAAGCUCGAGACAGGCACGAGAAACUUCACCAAACAGAAAGAAUACAUAAAUGUGUAAUUUGUUCAGCUACAUUUCAUAGACCAGAGCAUUUAAAAAGUCACGCGCGGGUACACGAGUCAGGCGAGAGUUAUCCCUGUCAAACAUGUUAUCUCGAGUAUCCGACCAUGGCGGCGCUCAUGUCACAUCAGAACGCUCACAAGCCUAAACCAAAAUCGAGCUCCCCUAUGCCCGGACACUCUUGUCCAGAUUGCGGUGAUUUAUUUUUCACAUCCGCAGAAAAAGAGUCCCAUAUAUGUUCUGAAUUCGGCGCGAAAAAGACAUUCCAGUGUCAACAUUGUGCCGCCAUAUGUGUUGGCCCUACAGCAUUGGCUCUUCACACUGAGCAUGCGCACUCAGGAUCUGGAACCGAGCAAAACAAGUGUCCACUUUGUUAUAAAUGUUUCCUAAAUAUAGACGAACUGACAGCCCAUAUGAAGGUUCAUGAAUUAUCAGACGGAGACAGAAAAUCAUUGCUUGGAACUCAAGACAUGUCCAGCCUUGACUUUGGAGCAGGCUUUCUUGGUGGGGCAAAUUCGCUGUGUCCAACAGAUAUAUUAGUAUGCCCGUAUUGUCUUAAAGAUGACUUUGAAACUUUGGAGGGCCUUGAGUUACACAUGCAGAGUGUGCAUUCAGUGAAACCGACAGAAGUAUACACAUGUAAUUACUGCAAUGCUCCUUAUAAGAACUUAUACAGUCUUCAUGAGCAUAUGAGAGCAAUUCACCAGAAUCAACCGAGCAUGGGAAUCAAAUAUCCUUGUAGCAGGUGUGGCAAGGAAUACCCGAGCAUUGAAUCAUUACAAGACCACAAAAAGAAAAUGCAUUUUAAACCCAAGCAUUCGGAAAAUGUUAUGUCUUGCCAGUAUUGCUCUCUCGGGUUUACAAGCUCGUCCGUUUUGUAUGAACACAUGCAAACAGUUCAUGGUGACAGAAAAAGAAAUGAAGACAUAAAAAGUCCUCAGGUCAAUUUGCACCCACCAAAGACAUCUCGGCAGUCUAUUGAAAGCAAAAUGAGUGACCAUUUCCAUGGCUAUUCUGAUUCACAUACAAUUAUCAACGUACCAGAGCCUUCACAAAUACUUCGUCACCUAAAAACACCAGUUCGAUCCCCUGUCAAAGCAAGUACAAGUCCUACAGCUACAGUUCACCAUGGACCUGUUUCAUCCGGGCAUAUUUCUAUGGCUUCACCGAGUAGGCCGCCAUCUAGUGGCAAGAGUGAUUUGUCACAGGAGAAGAUAACUUGUGACCAGUGUAAUUCGAAGUUCACGGACAUGACGAGCUACCAGACACAUAUGAAGAUACAUAUAGACUCAGUACUUGGUCAAUAUUCUUGUCGUCAAUGUAACAAGCUAUUUUUGUCAGAGGAACAGCUAGAGUCCCACCUAUCGAUGCAUUACCUUUCAGCAUCGUCCGAGUUUGGUUGUUCCAGUUGUAACAAAACAUUCAACAAACCAGACGAGUUACAGAAACAUCUGAUGGAUAUACAUGCCCAUCAUUUGUACAGGUGCUCCCUAUGUAAAGACGUCUUUGACUCUAAAGUCAACAUUCAGGUCCAUUUUGCUAUAAAGCAUAGCAACGAGAGUAAGUUGUACCGGUGUGUCGUCUGCGACAUCCUCUUCCGGUCGGAUACAGAAUGGCAACUUCAUCUGCGCGUGACCCAUCUAAAUAUGGCAAAACCGUAUAGAUGUUUAUUCUGUAAAGAGUCGUUCAGCUCAGAGAUGGAUCUUCAAUGUCACUUAGCAACCCACAACAAACCAUUUAAAUGUUCCAUGUGCGAGGAAACAUUCUUAGUAGAGUUUCUGUUAGACAAACACAUACAGAAUGUACAUUCGGCCAUUCCGGGGUCAGAGACAGCGCACGAUUCACAGGAAAAAAGUCCUAAAACAGUCAGUGUAAAGGUUGAGAAAGAUACUGGUAUAAAUGCGAAACAAGAGCAGGGAAGCAACUCAAUUUUAUUCAACUCGCUGCUGUCAUCAGCCGAGAACCAAUCCCCGGUCCUGACAGCAGGAAGCGCCACUUUACUCGGAGAGGGAAGCCAACUCUACCAAAAUAUUUGUGGUGUCACUAACAGCGGAAUUAUUAACGAUUUAUCUAGCAGUAUGUACCAAGGUUUAAGCCCGGGAAGCACCGGAAGUGGAUCUAUGGUUUGGAAAAGCCCGGAGGACCUUUAUAGAUGUAACAUUUGUGACAUUAAAUUCAGCCAACUGUCUGGACUGCAGAGCCAUAAACUUCAAGAUCACGGCCUGAAAUUUGCAUCGGGAAAGUACAGUCCAAGCUCGAGCCCAAAACUGAACAGUAUUGAUAAUGGCGAAACAAUCACCAGUAUGUACAACACCAUGAUUUCCCGCCCCAGCUCUGAAUCAAGCUUCUCGUCAGCAGACAAACAAUCAUCUUUGUUACAAGACGCUUUGACAUCAUCGUAUGUUCUCCCGGCCAGUAUCGCAUCAGACGCGCUGAUAGCUGGAAAUGCAUACACCGAAAAAUUAAUUUCGUCCUUUGGGGAGAAAAUAUGCAUGGCGUGUCCUUUUUGCAGUCAGACAUUUAAGUGUAAGGCUGAUCUGGAAAAGCACAGUAAAAUCCAUUUGAACACGGGUUCACAGAAGUGCAACAUUUGCGAUGAAGUUUUUGCGAGUUCCGGUAUACUUGCAGAGCAUAAGCUGACACACUGUAAAAUACAGCAAGGCAACGUCUGCGUUGCUUGUAAACUUUCAAUACGGAGUGAGGAUCAAUUUUACCUCCACUCACAAGAGCAUGGCUUUCAAGGGGCGGUAAUGCAGUGCAUCGUAUGUCGCCAGACGCUUGCUUCAAUGUUAGAGUUACAGAUGCAUGGUAGACACCAUUUCCAAAGUAAAUCCUCCUUUCAUACGUGCUGUGUAUGCUUGAAUAGUUUCGAGACAAGUGAAAAUUUGGUUUCCAAAAUAAACAGCUCCGGACGGACAUACUAUGUAUGCAAACCUUGUUACCAUGGAAACUCUUCAGAAUUUUCGUGCAACCAGUGCAGCGCCUCGUUUUCAUCUAAAUCCGGGUUAGAGCUUCACGAGGCAUCCCACAAAAAGUCCUACCAAUGUAUUAAAUGUCAGGAAUCAUUCAGCAGCGAGUAUGAAAUUCAAAUGCAUGUAGCUACACACAUGAUGACGGAAGGCAACGUGCACGAGUGUUUCUUGUGCUGUGUCAUUUUAGAUUCUCCUGCCAAAUUACAGUGUCAUUUGAUCGAACAUACCUUCAAAAAAUCAGAAUACAAAUGUAGCGCAUGUGGGCGUGACUUUAAAUCCGCUAUGGAUAUCCAAGCGCAUGCGCUAGAGCACGGCGUCACAGCCAGGCGAUUUGCCUGCAACCAAUGUACUCAAAGGUUUUUCUUCAGUGCGGAGCUAGAAAACCACAAGUAUUUGCAUAAAAUGAAAUCUGAUCAAAUGGGAAGAGCAAAUUCGUCUACAAACAAAUCUCUUACUAUUCAGCCGUUAAACACAAAUACGCUUGAUUACCUUUCUACAAGUCCAGCAUCUUCUCCAAUGGAGCACAUCUCUAGUAAAGUAAGUCACCACUCGAAAGCAAAUUCCGACGACGGGUUUCAUUGUUCCAAAUGUGAGGCAAAGUUUUCAGAUGUAUUUGAACUAGCAAGUCAUUACAAGGAAUUCCACAAUGAUUUGGAGAAGAAAACACACAAAUGUCCGACAUGUCCCGAAUGGUUUGGUACCGUGGUACAGCUACAAGCCCACUACUUUGCUAGACAUGCGUCAAGAGAGCCAGACAAAAAACCCAAAUACUCUUGCAUGGAGUGUGGAAAAGAAUGUUCCUCUGAGCAUAAUCUUUUAACCCAUAUGAAUACACAUAGAAAAGGAAGCAAGAUAACUUGUCCAACAUGUACAAGGUCAUUUACAUCAUCCAGUGGGCUGUCAGCACACAUGGCCGGACUCUGUGGACAGAAACAAAGCCACGAGUGUCCUGUUUGCCAUAAAACGUUUACAAAGAAGAGUAAUAAAAUGGAGCACAUGAAAACUCACAGUGGUGAUAAGAUAUACCCGUGCACAUCGUGCGGUAAAUUGUUCUCAGGAAGGGCAACUCUGGACGAGCACAUGAAAAUACACCAGGAAGUAACAAUUGAAGAUGAUCAGCAGGCGGAGUCAAGGAGUGGAACAAGUGAGGAAACUCCUCCCUCUCUGGGCAAUGCCAGUGAUGAGGAUGACUCCUCCCACAACAUCUCAGACGUCGAGAAAGACUGUAUGAAACAGGAAGUGACUAGCACGAGCAAUAUAGCAGAAGAUUCGAACGAAGCAAAAUGAAACUUUCAAAUGGUUGACAUUUAUUCAGUUGGCUUUGUGUUAAGGAUUUUUCCUGUUUUUGAACAACUCUUUUGUAUUUUAAAGUGUUUUAAGUUUUAGAAGCCAACAAGUUAAAACCAGCUUCGUACGAUGACUCAUUCAGGGUAACAAACACGUAUUUUACUUUAGAACUCUUACAUGUACAGUACAUAUUGUACUGACUAAACAUAAGGACGUUCCUGUAUAUAAUCUCAAAAUUAAAAGAAAUAUACUUUAUCUGUAAUGCAUUCCUAAAGAUCU